AUGUGUGACGACCCGUCAGACACACGCCGCACCGAUGCUGCUCACUCCACACACGCACAUCACACUGAUACUGCUCACUCCACACACGCACAUCACACUGAUGCUGCUCACUCCACACACGCACAUCACACUGAUGCUGCUCACUCCACACACGCACAUCACACCGAUGCUACGCACUCCCCUCACCAACAGGGUCGCAGCUACUUCCACAAUUUCGACGGGCUGUUCGACGUGACCGUAACGACCAUGUGCUUCCUGCUGCUAAUCAGCAGCGGGGACCUGAAGGUAUUUUACCAGUCGGAGAUUGUCAAAACGAAGAACAAAGAAGUGGAGGAAAUAAUUUCGCAGAGCCUCACCGUUUUGCGCUUCUCUUUUCAACUCUUCCGGACGCUCACCCUGUUUAUGCACUACGCGCGGGUGAAGGCGCCAAGCGAGAACAUUGACUUUUCGGUGCUAAACCUACCCCACGAGGAGGAAGAGGAGGAUGAUGAUUUUGUCAUCUGA